AUGAACAAGCUGAGACGUCAUAACACAUGCACUAUUAUUAUCAUUAUAAAGCAACAAUUAUGCUGCCAAAACAGCUCUUCGGAAGGUGGCUCUGGAGGUGCAGUCGGGGCUGCUGCUGGUGCUGGAAUGGCCACUUCUGUUAUUGUUGGCGUUUCAGCUGGAGCAAUUAUCAUUUGUGUUGCGAUUAUUGUUCCAUCCGUGCUGCUUACAGGAGCUAAUAGUUCAACAAAUACAACGAGUUACAAUGAAACCAGUGUCAAUGAAACAACCAUACAAACAACUAUAUCUAACACUAAUGCUCAAAGUGCCACUUUUCAAACCACUAUUUAUACCAGCACAUCACAACAACCUACGUCUACAAUGAACUACCCAACCACACAUGCAUCACAGACACCAACUGCUCAAGUGACGUCAGACAGCACUUCAGCUUCUGAAACACAAACAGAAACAACAUUAUAUAUGACAACUGCUUCUAAAACAACACUUUCACUAACUACAUUGCCCAAAACAACAGAACCCAAACUUGAUAACUUGACAGUUUCUGACACAACACAUCAUUCGAAUGGUUCAAAGGUGUCAACCAAAAAUCAAGAACCUUUAACAUCAAAACUCACAGCAUCUGUGCAUAUAACAGAUAAAUCGCAAA